CAGCACAGUCCACUUGUCAGUGAAUGUGAAAGUGACAUUCAUCUGAUGGUCGGAGGAUAAUUGGCGAUAUGGCGGGAUAUUGGACUGAUAAAAUAGAGUGUUGAGCCCCUGGGGCUGCCCCCACGGCUGCAAGCAGCGGUUGAGUGCUGGGGAACAGGCGUUCAUCCGGUGGGACUUGCCUCGGCUGGACCUUGUUCGCUACGUCAGAACAACAACACAGAUAACGAUAAGACACCUCGCGCAUUCCACGGGCGAGUACCUGCGGAUCCGCAAGUAGGACUGGGACAGCCGCAACGCAGGAAAUGCCACGGGAAUAGGGGUUUUACAUCGUGGAUGAGGCUGGAUCUGAGAAGUUGGAGUUUCUGCGGAUAUUGCUCCGGCAAUUGCUCCAGUCAAUGCAACACGCGACAGUCAGGAGCUUCGGGCAGCCUUCAUAACGACACUUCGCACCCAAACGCCCCGACUGCCACGGCGCUGGAGACGUUUCGAGGAACAGCGGGCCGCGGGGAUGGCGAGAGCAUUGCGAGACAGCUGAGGGGGGAAAUGCGCGCAAUCUCAUUGGGCCGCAAGCCAGACAUGUGCAACACAGGGCUGUUCACGUCAGUGGUGGUUAGGGCUGGAGUGCUGGUCUCUUUGUACUGCGGGGAAAACAGGAUGGCCAACCACAAGAAUGAGGGGGAACGGCACUGGACUCUGGACUUGGGCCGGACACCUGAUGCCACUGAAGCCACCGACUCAACACCUUCUCACUUUAUCCACAUCCUUCGUUUGGUUGUGAAUCUGCUGGUUGUGGUCUGAGCUGUUUGGGCCUCCCCCAGUGCUCCACCCCUCCCACGGCCACUAACCGAUAUCGCUCGCGGCCCACCUGGGCACUGUUGCUCGCGACCCAGACUUGGCGCCGUCGUCCGCAUUGCGUGAGAGGACGC